AGCGGAGUCGAGAGGGAGGCGGUUGGAAGCGCCCGCGCGGGGCAAGCUGUGGGGGUGCGCACACGCGCUACGGCCGCUGCCCAAAAAUGCACUCGGAUGCCGCGGCUGUCAAUUUUCAGCUGAACUCUCAUCUGUCAACACUGGCAAAUAUUCACAAGAUUUACCAUACUCUUAAUAGGCUGAAUUUGACAGAAGAUACUAGUCAAGACGAUCACCAAACAGGCAACCUGAGAUCUUGCAGUUCAUCAGACAGCUUUACCAAAGUGAUGCCUCCGAGGAAAAAAAGGCGACCUACCGCGGGAGAUGAUCUGACAGCUAAAAAAAGUAGACACGAUGGCGUGUACAGAAAAUAUGAUUCUACCAGAAUAAGGUCAGAAGAUGAUAUGUUUUCAAGUAAAAGGUGUUUAGAAUGGUUCUAUGAAUAUGCAGGGACAGAUGAGGUUGUGGGUCCUGAAGGAAUGGAGAAGUUCUGUGAGGACAUAGGGGUUGAGCCGGAAAACGUAGCCAUGCUCGUGUUGGCUUGGAAAUUGGAUGCUCAGAACAUGGGUUAUUUUACAUUGCAAGAAUGGCUAAAAGGAAUGACAUCCCUGCAAUGUGAUACAACAGAGAAGCUAAGAAAUUCUUUGGAUUACUUGAGAUCUUUAUUAAACGAGCCUAUGAAUUUUAAGCUUAUUUAUAGAUACGCGUUUGACUUCGCACGUGAAAAAGACCAGCGAAGCCUAGAUAUCAAUACUGCCAAGUGUAUGCUAGGACUCCUCUUAGGAAAAACAUGGCCCCUUUUUCCAUUAUUUCAUCAGUUCUUAGAGCAAUCUAAGUACAAAGUUAUCAACAAGGACCAAUGGUGCAACGUUCUGGAAUUCAGCCGAUCCAUUAAUCUUGACCUCAGCAACUAUGACGAAGAUGGAGCAUGGCCAGUGUUGCUGGAUGAAUUUGUGGAGUGGUAUAAAGAGAAACAAAUGACAUAGGAAUUUUAACUAUGCACAGCUGCUCAAGAGCUUUUGUUACUACAGUUAAUGUCAACCAUUAGCCAUAAACUUCUCUUUGUAUAUAAAGCGCAUGCUGCUUUUCCUGCACUGUAUCCCAUUUUCAGGGAUUUUUUGGUGUUUGCUGUUUAACAGGCCAGCUCUGCUUGCUGUGUACCAUUGUUAUCUCCGAAGGCUGCUUUUUUGUCUACACUACAGAUGGUGAAUUUGCCAGCAUCCUCACUGUGACUAAUGUGAAUAUUGCUGUCUAAACUUUGUAUAUGUGUAUAAAAAAAAAAAGCUUCAUCUAGGAAUGAUUUCAGCAGGAAAGGUAUUAUAAAAAUAAUUAUGUUGCAUUCAAGUAACCAUGUAACUUAAUUUACUUGGUCUCGGGUAUAGCAUUUCCAGGAAAGCGAUGGGGGGGGGGAGGUUUGCCUAUGUAGGACUAUUGCUAGUUAGUUAGUAAUAGUUGUUUUAGGAUGCCAGUUUUUGAAGGAAAAUCUUGCAGUAUGAUUUCUUUGCCAGUGCCCAACUUCAUUUUUAUUUAAUAAGAAAUUAUUGGCUACCUUUUUAAUUGAAUCUCUUUAACAAAUUGUUACAGCUUGAACAGAGUUGUACAUGCCAUAGUAACUUCCAUUUGGUGAUCAUGCUGAUUUCCUAAGAGUCAGAUGCUGUAGUUUGCGAAGAGGUACAGGCUAUCUGAUUAAACAUCUGAUUAAAAAGGGUUUUAGACU